UACGAUUGGUCUGCGACCCAAUUUUUGGAUAAAACGUAGUAUAAUUUGAUGCUAAUAUUGAGGCAUGGAAUAUCUUACUGUGUAUUGUUCUAAAUCAUCGUACGAAUACCUAUGUUCAAAUCUGUGACUAUGCUAUCAUCCUCAUUAGAAUAAAAGCGAAUUUGAUAUCUAUAAUCUAGUCAUAAUGACGUCAUAGCAAUCGUACAGUUGGCUACAAUUUGAAACUAAUUUGGCAUGCACUCCAAAAUAAAGGCUUGCAAUCAUUAAAAAACAAAUUAUAUUUGUAUUUGUAUCCUUUUAAUUAAUUUGAAUCUCAAAUAAAAAGAUACUUUUCAUUCACAUUUUAAGUAAAUACGCAAAAGGCGUGCGGUGGCCUGUACACAUCUGAAAUUAUGGAUAUGGGCCAACGGCAAUGCCGUUCCCACACUGGGGGUGGAUGGGGUGGGAUGAUACAGGGAAUGGAUAGUCAGAUAGGCAAUGCUAUUCUAGCAUUCCAUAUUCUCCUGUCCUCUUCGCUACUUUGGCCAGGGACAAGUAUGAAUUGUUUGAAUUCUUCCAAAUUGGAUAUGGAUUGUUAAACUCAUAAUCAGAACAGUAAAAGUAGUAAAUAAAAGGUUUGGUAUACCGAUCAUUAACACAAAACCAAGCCUAAAGAGGUUGACAUUUCUGCCUGACAACAGGCAAAAGAAGAAAGAAAGACAAAUUAAAUUUACUGUGAGAGAGCAAAAUGUAUCUCUCAGUUUUUUUAGUUUUCAUAAGUCGUUGAAGAUAAUGAUUAAUUAAGUUAUGGGGAUUUUGACAGCCCAUUAUGAUUGUUCCAUUGUUAUGAAAGGUAUGGGCAUCUUGUUCCAUUAACCCCAUUCACAAAAUGUAACUUUAACAAAAAAUUACUCCAAACGAUAUUCCUUUUAUGAGUACAAUAAUGUUUCCUCUUAUAUUGUUAAUUACUGCUCCAAGGCGUAAAUUUGCUUGAGAGAAAACCACAAAUACCUGAUAAUGUACGAUCAAUCGGGGAGUUGUUCUUGCAUGUAAUCAUCUACUUGCCAAAUUCCCAUUUUUAAAUUUGCAUAGUCAAAACGAUCUCGUGUUUUUCUCAAACAGCCGUAAAUUCCUUAUCCCUUGUCCGAUUUCUUUCAAACUUGCUCUGUUUUAUUUUUUUCUUAUUUUGUCUUUCCACACAAAGUACUUUAAAAAUAUGGAUUUUCCUUUAAAAGUGAUUUUUUAUGUUUAUAAUUUGGCGAGGGAAAAUAAUUCAUCAUAAAGUAAGAUAUAUUUUCUAUAAAAUUGUAAUUUCUCAAGUUUCAUUGAUAUGACACCUGUUUACUUUUGGCAUUUCAGGGCAUUCCAACGACAAUUAAGGGGGAGGCCCCACGGCAUCUUAGCUUUCAGUUACAUUUCAUUUCCCAAUGUUUUUCCACGAACAAUCCGGACGCAUGUCCUUGUAUUGUCUACUUGAGGAAGUGGUGGAAAUUACCGGCCAAUCGUCUGUCAUUUGAUGGGUUUAAAAGGCAAAGAAGUGGAAGCUAUUUUAGUACUAAUACCUUCUUUGGUGUCAGUGUCAGCAACUGGUGUUGGGAACUGAAAGUAAAAGAAGAGAGGGGCUUGUGUUUCCAUGAAAUGAUAUUAUUCACUUCAAAAUGUAUGUUGUAAUUGAGUACUUCUGCUAGUUUGUAUCUAGUUCAUGCUCAAUCGCUAUAUGUGAUCAUUUGACUAGACCCCCUGGAAUUGGAGGAGCCUUGAACAGGUAUUGAGUUAAACUUACAAAGAAUGGAGCCCUCUUUGGAGAGUGGAAAUGGGCAGGAUUGUGUCAGAUGCUGCGCCACAAACAGCAGCGACGAAUUCAUGUUUGACAAUUACACUCAUCGUUUGAUAGUUGGAUCCGUUGUUGCUUUGAUCGCAAUCGCGGGUACAACCGGAAACGCUCUCGUUAUCGUUGCCGUGAUCGUGUCACGCAAACUCCGGACGACCACGAACGCCUUUGUGGUGAAUCUCAGUGUCUCGGAUCUCUUGAGCUCUGUGUUGCUUCCCUUUAACGUAUAUACAGGAGUGUUUAAAGGGGAAGAUCAACCCUUGCCGGAUUGGUUGUGCACGGCUGUGUCGUAUACCCUCCUCUUGGGCUUGGGAACUUGCAUAUUUUCCCUCUCCUUAAUAGCACUCAACCGUUACGUUUUGCUCACCCGAACUCUUGCAACGUAUCAGAAAGUUUACCAACGGAGAUUCAUUGCAUUGAUGGUAUGCUUCUCCUGGGUCUACCCAUCCAUGCUACUGGUUGUGACUUUCGCCAUCAGUGAUUCUGCGGUAUAUGGCUACUCUCGAAAAUACAGAAUAUGUUUGCGUGAUUCAACGAGAGGAGAAAACUCUUCGAUCGUCAACAGCAUCGGUGGGGCUUUUCUCGUGAUUCCAACAAUCUUGGUCACCCUCGUGGCGUACGCAUUCAUUUAUCGGCAUUUGCGAAGGCACAACAGAAAGCGACUGAAAACGGUUAAAAUGCGAUUUCAUCCCAUGUCAAAUAAUGGUGACCUUGCAAUGCAUUUAGGCGAUCCCAAAGAUGCAGGAACAGAAGGAGUCCCGCCAUCACCAGAUGCAAAAACGACACCCCAAGAUACCAGCAGACAAGGUUGUGAUGUCUCGAACACCGAGGAGGCAUCCAGCAGUCCGCGCGCUCCAACAUCACCCGAACAACGCAUCCUCAAUGUCCAAACUAACAUCACCAUCAGUCUCUUCAUCAUCGUCUGCGUGCACAUCGUUCUUAUGCUACCGUUUGCCAUCGCAAUCCUGACGAAAUGCAGUGAUUUCGCUCUCCCCUGGAUCUUUGUCCUCUUCGUGGCGACACCGGCAGUCAAUCCCCUGGUGUACGGGUGGAAACAUCCACACUUCAGGAUGGUCUUUAAAAGCAUGUUAACGUGUAGAUACAAAGACAUACCAGAACCUUCACAGAUAGGACGAUGCGGCUGCCUCAAUAGAUCAUCUUUAUAGGGAACCAUUAUAUUUUCGAUGAACUAAUUUUCUACAUUUAAUACAAUACCUAACAAUAAAACGCACCGUUAUAGCUACAAUUUGCAAUGGUAUUUAAUUAUCGUUGGUGAUAAACUAAAAUGCAAAUCCUUUUUGUUUCAGACCGUAAACGGAUGUUAUGAUUCGAUUUUUUACAUAAAUAAUCUUUUACAUUUUCUUGUCAAAGCAAACAAUCAUUUAAGAAUGAUUCAUUUCAACACUCAUUAUUUAGUUUAAAGGGGUAAUUUAAUCUAUUUUCUGUCCACAGCAAUAUGUUAUUUCAUAAUGCAUUAUUUUUCUAUUGAAAUAUGAUCACUGACGAAAAAUUAUCGUACUUCAAAAAAUAAAAAGCAACCAUUCGAAGACAGAGCAAAACGAUAGUUUCUUCCGCACUCCGGAGGGUAAGGGGGGGGGUCUUGGUAUGUACUCUUUAUAGCUCUUGAAUAGAUAUAGUAUCUUCUUACAAAAAAUAAUAUAAUUAAAUGAACUUGAACAGCGAACAUGGCGCGAAAGAAGACAUAAAGCGUCAGGAAAACUAAUGUAAUUCAGCUAGGGGGUGGCGCCAUGUUAUUUUGAUAGGAGGCAAUCAGAUGAUCUAAAGGCAUUGGCGGUUUUUUUUCUUCUUCUUUUUCUUCUUAACUGAAUAACAGCUAGGGUUUUAUAGUACUUCACAUAAUUCUGACCUCUAUUUUUAUUUAGUCUUCUUCCUCCUCCCUUUCUUUUUCUUCCUCCUUUUCCUCUAUUUUAAACUUGAAAAAUCAUAUAAUCUGGCCGGUAUAUAUGUGCAUGAGUUUCUGCCCUCAAGCAAAAAUGCAUGAAUAUAUAUUCAUACGGAAACUCUGCCGCCAAACUGACUCUCUACAAACAGUGGUAAAAUUGGUACACCUUUCACUUCGGUCUCUCGAUCGUCUCGUCAGACAUGUAAGAAUGGACUGGGUCAUAAAAACGCGUUGACUUGAAGAUCGAUCCGCCCUUCUUCCGAAGCCCCCCCCCCCCCCCGGGGGCCCCUGCGAUUUUGCCGAAACUGGUGCGUUACGGGCAGUGGCGUACCUAGGAUUUUCCACGGGGGGGGGGGGGGGGCAAAACCGUCCGCCAAUAAAUUUGACAAGCGAAAAAAAAAAAGUUUUCAAUCACAUAUAAAGGAUUUCGUACCAGAAAAAAAAAUUGACAAGCAAAAAAAAAAGGUCUUCAAUCACAUAUAAAGGAUUUCGUACCAGAAAAAAAUUG